AUGACGCCGCUACCAUCAGUCUUCGCCGCUUCAGCAACUGCCACGAAGACUAAUUUCACAGGCCAGUGGGUUAACCCGGGCGAUGCUUUCAAUGUAUUACUUAUCCUGGGUGGUAAUAUUGUUGGCCAAGCACUCGCUCAACUCGCAGGCCACGGGCUACCACCCGUAGCCUUCUCCUUUGGAUGGGUUGGCUAUUCUGUCUCGGCUUUGCUGUCAGCGGUAGGGGAGAACAAGCUUUUGCCGAGCACUCCCGACUGCAGAUGCAAGUUGAUCAAUGGCAAGACGGGCCACGCGAUUGAAAACUCGAGCUGGAUCGUGGGAAGGCUUGUACGAGACUUCCCUAGUUGGAACCAUAUGUUGACAGUGAAAAAAACUACAGAGGUGCUAGACGCAAGGUGGAAAGAACUACAGGCAGAAGAUCCCAAUGCAAAGCGUCCAGAUCGGGCCAGUCUUCUCGUGACUAUUUACGAACCGAGCACCGAACAUCCGGCCGGGGUUCCUCAACGCGAUUACCUCUAUUGGAGUGGCAUCUGUACUUCUAUCCUGCAGCUGGGCAUUGCCGCUAUCCCCUUUGGCUUUUUCGGCGACUGGGGUGUGCUCAUGGUCACAGCCUGUGGCAUAAGCCUUGCCUUUAUCACCGCCUGUCUUCCACAAUGGAGAAAAGAGAAAUGGGCUUGCCGAAGGCGGUCAAACGACAGCUAUAUUAUCACUAGAGGAAAUGGUGCACAGCAUGCCAUUGCUAUAUUGGGAAAUGGGCAUGGGUUGAACUUGGAGGACCUAGGAGCGGGUCAGACUAACAUGAAUGCGUCCGUGAAUAGAUUAACGAAAAUUUCUGUUGUCGGACUUUUUAUAAUCUGGGUUCUGCUCCUCAUCACAGCUAGUGGUCUGAGGACAAAUACGUGGUUCCUACUUGCUGUUGGUGGCAUCGGAAUUCUCCAAAACGUGUUUGCUGCUGGUUGUAGUCGACGGCCGGAGAACUUCGGUAUUCCUCUCCGAUUUGUCGCCGUCUUCGGUCAUACCAAGGUCAUGAGGACCCUGUUGGAUGUCGAAAGGAGGUUCCCAAUGCUGGGAAGAAGCAUGCGGGGCGAGUUCUUCCCUGGAGGACUUCGCGAGAGCGAGAUCAAGGAGUGGCAUGAACUCGAGGCAAGAAAGAAAACAAAAGGAGGAAUUUAG